GCUGGUUUUGCGCGCUGUGGAGGCGCCGUAAGCUGGGCGCGCAGGCUGCGCGCAUGCUUGUUCCAGCCAGUCGCACGUCAACAGGUCGUCGUGGGAUUCUGCCUAGCUAUCUGGCUUUUGUUUGUGAACAGCUGGCCUGCAACCCUCAAAUUGGGUUGAUGCAUACGGGCUACGUCGCCGCCGCAAUAGACAAAGCGAGGCUUAAAACCUUUUCAGCUUUUUUGGAUCAAAUUUAGAAGAGAGAGCAUUGAUUUGCUGGCGACUCGCAGCGGGGCCACUUGGCAUUGAAAUUUCUUGGCCGUGCCCAACUCCCUGGUGUUUUCUGGCGCGUUUUGUUGCGGAGCAGUUUGCGCAUUGUUGGCACCUGCGCGUGCCCAUUUGUUCUGAAGCAUGACACUUCCUUUGAUCCCACAGGUGAUGGAGUGGGCGUGGGAGGAGAAGGUUUCCUCUACGGAAACGAUGAUGAGGAUGCGGGAGGAAGAGCGCAAGUGCUUUGAGAACCAAGGAUCCAAGACUUUGGAAAGGACCGCACGCCUUGGGGCUCUACGCUGCUUGGCGAUGCUGAUGGAGGGAAUGGCGGAAUCAUUUUUGUUUAAGGCGGCUCUACUGCUGGAUCGCUACAGCUCAUGUUGUGCGAAUCUUCCGAAGCUUCCGCUGACCUGCGCCGCAAUUGCAAGAAUCAUGGCGAAGUUGAAUGUCGGAGGAUGGUACGACCAAAAUUUUUUGCUGGCUGAGAUGUCAGCAGGACAAUUGACGGUGGCAAAGGACUUUGCCACUUGGGUGGGCACGACCUUCGAUUGCAUGACCGAGGAGAUCACCAACUCGACUUUGAAGGAGCAUGAACUUGAGGUUCUGAAGGCGUUGGAUUGGAAGGUUGAUUGCCCUUGCCUGGAACAGUGGCUUCUCAUGUUCUCUGUGCGCUUCAACGGGCUCACAGGUGGCCAGAACACCGUGCAGCUUCAGAUGAUGAUGCAAUCUAUUCUCCAUUCGUCGCACGCGAUUCUUAUGAGUGAAACUGUUGCACAAAAGCUCAGCCAUGGAGAUUUGGCAAUGGGCCUCUUUUGUGCGAACGUGCUGCUGCUGCUGCACGGAGACUCGCCACUUAUGAGCUUGAAGCCAUAUGAGGUGAGCGAAAUGGAAUGGUCGGGCUUGUUCACAUCACUUGCAGCUUGCAAGCCAGGAAAGGCAGAUCGUGCAUCCGGGGAGGCGUCAUCCCGGCUUCUUGAUACAUUGUGUUUGACCGUUCAGCAAAACGAGAAGGAGAUCGGCGAGAAAGUGCACCAUGCUGUUCGAGAAUACCAAAAUGCUUUUGGCCGGAUUUCAGUCAUCUAACGAAGGUUAGCUGCACUUUAACUCAAAGGUCGACGAACCCUUGACUAUAUCGACGAACCCUUCUUAUUUUGUUUCCCGGAGGACUUAUUUAUAUGAUCGGAUAGUGGACAAGUGCCUCACCGGUCGCAGGAGUUUGACACGCACACACACACGAACCACGACCUGUUGGCCGGCACUUGUGGCAAAGCGGCACCAUGACAGCGCCUGAAUUUGCAGCGCUUGAACAUGUCCUAUUUUGACCAGUGCGCUUGCACAUCACUUUCCCACAAAGUGCGGCAUCUGGAUCUUAAAGUCAUGCCUGUGUCUCGGUGGGCUGGAACACCAUUGUAGUGUUCCUGUAUGCCUGGCAAAAUCCUGGAUACUCUUGUAGCGGAAUGUGUCAUUGAUUAGCAAGGUGAUCUUACAGCGCAUUCAUUGUGGCUGCGAGCUGGUGUCACAGAUGUUUUUCUUUUGGCUUAGCGCGACAGCGCUUCAAGCAGGGAGCGGUUUGUCUACUGUGUUCGUUUUCAGGCUUGUCCAAUUCUCCGAUUACGCCAGGGAAACAGGCCAGCACCAGACUGGACAAUGCAUGGGCCAGUGCACAACAUCCAAGGGCAGAAACCCGGUAACAACAUGUCGGUCACUGAGAUCGACUCUCAUUGGAUUGGCAUGGCUUGCUCCAUACUCACAGGAUUUGUGCCCUGGAGCACCUGACAGAUAUUGUCGGGAAGUGAUUCGGGUGCAACAACAAUCUAUUUGCAAGAAUGGAUUUAUUACCCUGAGCGGCCAAUUCAUUUGGAAACGCCCACAAAAGCAUUAAUUACCUAUUCAAAAGGAUCUCCAGCAACAGUGCCCGGGGGUCUUAAACGUCACAUGGACCAGCAUCAAGAAUUCAUCGAUCUUGAGAUUUUUUCC